AUAUUUCUUAUUAACUAAAAAGUAUAUAGAUUGAAGUGGUGUUCUAAUAUAAGUUUUUAAUAUUAAUUUAAAUAUAAAAUUAUGACUACAAUUUUUUCAUACAAUAAUGGUCAUGGAAGCUAUCCUCUCAAUCACGGAGGAGCAUAUAACGGGUCAUUUACGACACAGGCUGACUAUUUUAAUAACUCUGGUAAUUACUGGUGUGAAACAUGUGAUAAAGGAUUUCAAACGGCACACCAACUCGAAAAGCAUAAAUCAGCACAUCAGAAAUGCAACAUAGAUGGAUGUCAAUUUAUAGCACAUCCAAAUAUCAUCACAAAACAUAUCCAAAUGCAGCAUGCUACUGGGUUAUAUAAAAGAAUAGCUAAGUUAAAUGAUCCUGAAGAAAUAAAAAAAUGGAGAGAAGAAAGAAAAAAGAAAUAUCCCACAAAACAAAAUAUAGAAAAGAAAGCAGCCCAAAUCAAAGAGAAAGUAGCAAGAGGGGAAAAAAUGGGAAUGUUUGAUUCAAGAAAAAAUAGAAGGCCAUUUGGCUCAUUUCCCAAUAAAAAAAAUACUACACAUAGAAGUUACGACAGCAAAAAUAUGAAUGACAGAAACAGAAAUAAGUUAGGAUUUAGACCAGAGAAGUCUUGUAAUAUUAUUUUACCUACAGCAGAGGAAUCUAGGACACUAAAACCAUUUGGUGGUUUACAAGAUUUAAUGAUGGAUGAGAGUGAUGAUGAACACAAUAAAGAGGAAAUAAAUAGUAAUGAUUUAAUAGAAGAAGAUGAAUAUGUUUCUGAAACACCUAUAGAAGAUGAAAGACUACCAGACAAUUCAGAAACAAAAGUUUGUGGAGCUUUAACUUCCUUAAUAUGUAACUAUGGUUCAUCCGAUGAAGAAAAUUCUGACACGGAGCAAAAGGAGACAAUGUCAAGUAAAGAAAAAAAAUUAGAACCAAAAACCAAGAAGAGUGAAGUAAAAGACAUACAAUUAUUGAAUAGUGAAAAACCUAAUGGUCUGAAUUUAGGAGAACCUAAAGCGCAAAAUCUUGUUGAAGAAGACAAAGCACAUGAAAUGGAUGAUGAUAGUGGACCAGAAGAAACAAAAAUAGUAAAAAUAGACAACAACGAGCCUCAAAAUAAUGGCAAUGAAAUAGGUAACUCGAUAACUAAAAAAAAUAAAAACAAAUUAUUAGUAAAUAUGAAGAAUAAACCAAAUUUUCGUCAUGAUACGUUCAGACGUAAAUUGCCAUCCACACUCCUUGAAAAGUUGUUAUUUAAAGAAAUUCAGAAAGAACGUAAUAUAGUCCUACAAUGCAUAAGGCAUAUUGUACAAAAUAAUUUUUUUAAGUCAAGUUAGA